UGUCAGUGUUAUGUCAAAUUAAUAUUUUUCGGGUUCCUUAUAUGAAAAUAGAUUGAAUAUUGUGAGGAAGUUAAUAAAAAAUCUCCUUUUUUUGAAUAUAUAAAUAACAUAAAGCAGUUAUAUCAUUUGCACAGCGGCGCAGUUCGCACAACGAAUAUCAUGUCUGACGAAGAGUCGUUUAUCGUACUGGGAUCGACACCGACCCCGUCCAUGGAGCACUAUAUGUCUGAGGGAAAUCAAAGCCUGACAACUUCCCCCAAGGCAAUGGAAACCUCGUCUUCAACUCAGAUCAAUUCGAACAAUUUUAGCUUGAUUCAAACAGAUGAGUCACUUGAGCUAUCGAAUGGUGAAAAAUCCUUACAGGAGAGAAAACCACUACAGCCGAUCAACAUGAAUGGCAGUGCUGGGGGAAAUUCCCUGGCAGCUAGUGUCAUUAUGGGUGAGACCAAGUCUAGCUUGCUUCAGGCUUUUCCUAGUUUGAUGUGUUCGUCAAUGUCCAUUGAUGAGAUUCAAACUUUACAACAUUUGAUGAACGAGCAUGGUCAGAUGAAGGAAAGUUUGCAAAAAGCAAACGUUGCGAUGAGAAGGAAUUUUACCAAUAUUCAAAAGUGGCAAGACGAGGUUAAGGCAAAGUACGUCGACCAGUUACGGAUUAUCAAUGAGCAAAAAGCUGUUAUUGAAGGACUCACAACUGAGAAUAUGGCACUAAAACAGGCCUUAGCUUUAAAUGAAACCCGUGCUAAAGAACAGGAAAACCAAAUACAAAAGGAGAGAUUGGCAAUGCAACAAGAAGUACAGGAUUUAGCCAGACAGAUUGAAGCAGAAAGAACAUCCGCCGGUGAAGAAUUGGAUGAACUGCGAAGAUCUCUUUCAGAGAAGCAAUCUAUUUUGAAGAAUUUGGCCAAAGAAAUAGAGCGUUUGGAGUUGGAAAAGCAGGAGUUUGUGGUGGUUUCUUCGAAUAAGCCGGAUGCCAAGGAUAGAGGUGGAUUAGAAUAUAUCACCAUGGAAGAGCACAAGCGACAGAUUAAAAUGCUUCAACGAGAAAUGUCAGUUGUGGUAGCCAAGAACUUAGAAUUCGAUGAUAUGAAAAAAGUUUAUCACGAUGAACUGAACUGUCUAAAGGCUAAUCUAAUUGCGGCUGAGGAAUUGCACGAAAAACAUCGAGCUGAAAUUCACCGCCUGACUAAGGAAGUCGAAACGAAAAGUGUCUCAUACGCCGAAAAUAUCCGAGAACUGAAGAACGUUAGCGAACAAGUGGACGUCUUGACGGCGCAGUUGGAUAUAUACAAAAACGAUUUCGAAGCCGAGCGGGCCGCUCGUGCCGACUUAGCGAGCGAAAAAGAUCACAUUCUGAGCGAUUUGAAGUUACUGCAGAGACGCAACCUUCAACUGAUCGAGGAAAUACAGAAUGGACGUACGGCUCAGGAGAACGCAACACGCGCUGCUAACGACUCGUUGGAUACACGUGAUCCAACAAAUGUUUCCGAAGGUGCCUCAGGAGGAACUUCUAAUCCUGCUGCAGAAGAGCAAGAGUUUAAAAAACUUGUGUUGCACUGUCCACUAUGCAACGGAGCGUUCAACGAUUUAACCACAUUGCAGAAUCACGUGGAAGAUUGCGUUGGUGUGGAAUAAGUUAAAAUUUGAAGUGAACUAAGGACUGACUAUGACAUAUAUUGAUUUUAAAUCGAAAUGACAUGAGAAAAAACUAACCUAAAUGGAAUGAUUAGUGUUGCAUAAAACAGAGUAAGUUUCAUAGAAACAAAUAUUUGCUCCACCACAAGGUUGAUGGGAUUGAUGGUGUUGCAAUAUUACAUAAUGUAACAAUUUGAAUCAAUUUAAUGUAUAAACUAUCAACAAUUAAUACUAGUUUUAUCGUGUAACCAUUUAAUUUUACUGAUAGGACCAAUAGCCAUACAUAUUCUAUUAAACAUAAUUGUUAUCCUUCAUAUUGACGAAUAAAUCAAUCGAAAAUAA